GGUAACAAAAGCAAAUGACCUUGUUUGAAAAAAAAUUCGAGUGUAUUGAAAACAAAAUGUUGAAGGAAAAAAUUGCGAUUGGAAAAAAAUUUUACUGAAAUUCUACAUCGCUGUGUUCGUGAACCCGAUUAAUUUUCUAAUUUGACGAAAUUCGUGGUAGUUAAUUUCGUAUUGUGAAUUUUUAAGAACCAAAAACAUCUCCAGCAUCCAAUCAUAUUGUGUUUUUAUCAUGUAGCAUUUUGCAAUUGGAAACAUGAGUUGACAGUAUGAAGAAAUCUGAUGUUCUGCCUGAUGUGAAAAGCGAUAUCGACACUAAACGUCUUUUCAAAACUGUAAAUGAAAUCUCACACUAUCUGGAUCAGCAAAGAAACCGUAUACGAACGACUUCGGAUCUGUUCGCAAAUGCUGUGGAAAGUCAACGGGCGAGGCUGUGCUCGUACAUCGAGAAACUCAUUUUCUUAGCUCCGUUAGAGUAUGGUAGAAAAUGCGAAGAAAUAUUAUGGAGGAAAUGUUUUUACGAUGUUUAUACCAUACUUAAAAGACUCAAGAAGCAAGAUGUAUGGACUGAAGCUGAAAUCGCCUUAUUGGUCAACCUGUUAUACUCGGGAAUUGGAUUUUACCAACAUUUGAUUACCAGAUUACAAGAAGAGUUUAAUUUAAAUUUGGACGGUGUGACGGAGUUUCCUAUGUAUAAAUGCAACUACGGAUUGUUGUAUUAUAGUUCGAAUAAACGUCUAGAGAGUAAAUCGUCGGAUGAGAGUAAAAUUAGAGAAUGGGCGGAGACCUGCGUUCAUAGGAAUUUACUUUGUAUCGGAGACUUGAACAGAUACAUGUUCGAUUUAUAUCCAGGUUGGGAUAUCUCUGUGGCGUAUCGUUACUAUCUGAAGGCUCUGUAUUUGAAACCAGGAAUUGGAAUGCCUCAUAAUCAACUUGGCACGUUGUCGAAUUCGCAGAAUUUAACGUUGGAUGCGGUUUAUCGAUAUUUAAGAUGUUUGUAUUGUAAAGAAUUAUUCGACGGAGCUGAAGGUAAUCUGAUCGCAAUUCUGGAACAGUACCAACCUAUUGGACCAUUCUAUAAUGGUUUACCUCUAAAGAAGCGUAUUUUUUCACAAUUUUCGCAUUUAAUUGGAAUAUGGUUUCUGCAAAAAUCACCCAUCAAAGAUGUCGAUCAGUUGUGUUUGGAAUUUGUGGACAAUAUUCACAUAUGGUUCCCGGACGAAGUAGAGAUGACAACUAUUCUCAAACAUGAUCCACCUUCUUUGCAAAAUUUGAUCGAAACGAAACAAGUGAAAGCAUUUGAUUUUCCUGAAAAUGAACAUACAGUGUUCAAAAUACUCGUCAGCUUCAUCAUCUGUCACGAUAAACUCGAUCAAAAGCAACGAAAAGGAGUAGGGCUGACUAAUACAACUACAACUGUAAUCGUCGCGAUUAUAUCGAGAGCCAUAGAAUGCAUCGUUAAUAAAAUCAAAGAACGAUUACCAACGCUUAAGGUUCCAUCAUCGAACAGUAAAAAAUCAGGAGGAAAUAAAAAAAUGAAUCGUAGGAGACGUCGUCGACGUAUUUUACCGACGCAAUCAUUAUCCGAUGACGAAUUAUCUGAUAACAGUAAUUUAUCUCAAGAAUGCGACGAUAGUGAUGAAGACAGCGAAGAAAAUCUGAUUUUUGACGAGUUCGAUGACGAGUUGAUUAAAUCGAAUUCAACCAAUGGACAUUCGGUUUCGAAUUGCGAAUUAAAUGGUACAACGAAUGGCAAAUCAUCCAAAAUAGUCGAAGGUGUUAACGUGGACCAGGUUUUGAAAUUUUUCCAAGAGUAUUUCUCUAUUAUACAAGUAAUCAAGAUUUCCUGCGACUGGUUACAAUGCAACAACGAGGUCCUAUCUCCGAUUUCCAGUUGGAAAUCAGUGCUGGAAAAUUUCAGCAUCUUGUUGAACUACGCUAAUUUGAUCGCAGAUGUAAAAAAAGGUAAUAAAGAAGGUGCUACCAUUCCCCUAUCGGAAGAUGUCGAAUUAAAAGGAUUGCAAGCUUUGAAGAGCAUUCAAGAUACGAUGUGUUGGGAAUGGGAUAAAAUCAUUUCGUUGAAUGAAAAAGAAGAGAUGAAGCAACGUCUCAGCCGCUUGUGCGUUUUUGGUAAAUUUUUAACCACCAUUGAGAAUUCGAAUUUCACUUACGACGAAGAGAAGAACUGGUUCGCGAUCCAUCUAGCUGAAGAUGAUGUUCCGGAGAAGGAAACGAAGAAACUGAACGACGAGCAACGAGGUAAACUGAUGAAAGAAAUGGGCCAACUGUGGCUGGAAGCCGAAGUAAAGAAUCUAGAGAGUAAAAUGAAGCAAACCGCGAAAACGAACUUGUUGACUCCGUAUUUGGUAGUGGAUAGCGAAGCUUUGACCCAGCAUUGCAUGUUAGUGAAGAAAUUAGUCAGCUCUAGGCAAUUCGUAUUGCUCAUACCGACUGCAGUCGUAUCGGCUUUGGAUGAAUUAAAACGGACCAGUGGUAGAGCCAGAGAUGCUAUACGUUGGCUAGAGUCGCAAUUCAGACAAGGCAACAGAUUUUUAAGAAUGCAACGUAAUAACGAAAAGCAAGCCAUACCCGCCGUAUCGUACCCGAGGAAAAAGGAUAACGAAGCUUGGCUAUUUAUGCAGAUCAUGGAGUGUUGCUAUUAUCUUAAUCAUACCAAUUUGACCAAGAACAACGGUCCUAAGAAGGAAGACGAUUCGAGCUUUGUGCGACUCCUAACCGGAUCUAGAGCGUUGUCGGGUAUGGUUGAUACCAACGAUGUGACCAUACCGAAAGAUAAAUCGGCUAAGCAAGUUCCCUUUAGUAUGGCUGUUGUGAAAAAGUCCACGGGAUUGCUUAUCGAACAUAUCGUUGAUUUCUACGGCAAAUGGAAAGAUUCGACAAAAAGUCGCGGUUGAACAGAACGUAUCGAAGUAGCUCGUACGCGCAGCUUUGGAAAUUAAACUCAAAAACGAGAUACCUACGUGUUUUUUGCUGUUGACGAUGAUUACUUAACAAAAACCAAAAAAAUACCAAUACCAAAAUUAUUACGCUACUGUCCAGUUACGUUACGUUGUACUGAAAAUCAAAUUCAAUGAGCCAAUAAUAAUACCUAUAUCAAGCACGCGGCUCGCUCAACGUUAUGUGAAAAAUGAAUUAUAUAGGAAAAUUCGUACAAAAUCAAAGGUCUAAAUUUUUCAUCAACUUUGUCGGUUCUUUUCGCGCCUUAUUAAUUGUUCGAGCGAUGUUAACAUUUUUUAGAUGGGUUUUGGCUGCGAUAAUGAACCGAAAAGUUAUAUCAAAGUAGAAAAUUAAACGAGUAAAUUAUACCAUACUUAUGGGUAAAAACGAUUAUACCCGCAAUACCCGCGUAUUAUAAAGUAAAUAAAUAAAAAUAAAAAAAAUACGUGUCCGAGUUUCAAUUUACUACGUGUUUUCGAAGGGUGAAGAUGCUUUUUCGACGUUCGUUGUGGAUUUCUUUCUAUGUGUAUUCUUUUUAAAAUCCACCCUUCGUACGUAUAUACUCGUAAUUUCGAGAUUAAUAUCUUUAUUUUUUUGGCGUGCUGAUAAAUUCUUUUUUCGUUGUAUUUUUGUUCUUAUAUAAAUAUGUAUGUGUGUGUAUGUGUGAAGCAACAGUAAACGCGGUAUCGUAUAUAAUUAACAAGCCAACUUACAACAUUAUCUAUGUAUGUAUGUGUACUAUACGUACCUCUCUAUAACAACAGCAGCAUUAUUUUAUUAAUUUAUAAAAUAUCGCCAAGAAACACGAAUACGCGUGUUCGAUAUGUGUAGUAAUUAAUUCUUAGCCAUCUAUGUACUAGGUAGUUUUAGCUGUUUGUGUGUUUUUUGGUUCGGCGUAGAUACGGAUUCGACUCAUCUCUGUAAAGUAAUACGAUUUUUUUACUCGAGGAUUAACGGCCAAAGGCGGGGUUGAAUUUGAUUGGAAAUCGGUCUAGUUGAGAGCUUUUUUUUCUCAGGCUGUUUACUUUCGACUGGAAUGGAAAUUUAAAAUAAAUACGAUAUCGGUGUUUGCUGUUUUUUUUCUCUCAUCGUAUAAAAAACGAGUCGUUAAUUCUACGAUAAAUUUUUCGCCUGGUUUGGAGAUGAGUUGAUGAUCUACGGCGUGAAAAAUUCCCCAACAGCUGAAUGGAACAUCUUUCUGCCAGUUGAAGCGAGCAUUUUACGUAUCGUAUAAAUAUUUAGUAGAAGUUUAUUUUAUUAUUUAUCGUACAGAUUUUUAGUUUUAGUAAGAUGAAAUAUUAAAUUUGGGCAUGCUGAAUGUGUUUUUUCUAUGUUUUGAUUUUGAAAUUUUGAAAAUAUGAAGCAGAGUUGAAGUAAAACUGAUGUGAACAUUUUCCGUUACAUUUCGACUAAUCAAUAAUACGAACAAGGUUCGCGAAUUUAAAUAAAUAUUCGAAAUGUAUUUUUAUAUUCUUAUUGUAACGUUUAUAUUUUUAUUCAAAAAGUAUACAAGUUUCAAAUAACAAAGCUAUUCGUACUAUACAAACCAAAAUUCAUUCUACUAUUGAAAAUUAAUUUCUCUAAUUUCGAUGUGCCUACCUAUUCUCUGAAUGCCCCCCAUAAUGCUAACUUACAAACAUCUGCUAUGCUAACAGUUGGUUAUUUUAUAAGUUUAUGUUUUACAAUGUAUGAAAAUAAAAUGAAUUGCAUAUAA